AUGGCGGCAACGAGGGUCAGAAAUUUCGAAGCUUUGCUCAAAUUUAAGAUAAAAAGUCCUGAAAGACGCAAAAAUCUGUACAAAACUCUUAUCACUGCUUUCGUGCAACACGAGAGGAUUGAGACCACGCUUAGUAGAUGUCAGGAUUUAUCAAGAGUCGCUGAGAGGAUGAUUGAUCUUGCCAAGAAAGGUGAUGAAGCAACUGUAAAUAGCUGGUUAAUGCAAAAGGAACUAAUCCCUAAAGUAUUUGGAGAACUGCUUCCCAGAUAUGAAGGAAUGACAAGUGGAUACACAAGGGUCUACAGAAUUCCCCCCAGGAAAGAAGACUCGGCAAAGAUGGGCAUAGUUGAAUUUAUUGGCAAUGAUUUACCCCAGCUGCUUCCAGAUGAGGAUGAACUUAGAAAACUUAAACUUGAAAAACUUAAAAAGAUGGAUGACUUUCAAGUACCCUUAGAGGGUACUCCUGUAUGACAGUGAAUGACACCCCCAUUGGAAAAAUGUCAAUGUUCAAGUCGUAUUGUUUAGUAAAACGAAUUGAUGAACAUUCCGGCUUUCUUUCACAUGGAAAAUAUUUUGUACCUUACAGAAACGAGCAGGAUUGUUAAUUUUAUCAGGUAUAUGAAGCAUAGCAAAUCUUGAUCCAAGAAUUAGCAGUAUCCCGACUUAGAUCAGCCCAGAGGUUGUUUCAGGGUUCGAUCUGUGAUUUAGACAUGCCCAGACUUAGAUCAGGCAAGAGGUUGUUUCAGGGUUUGAUCUGUGAGUUAGCCAUGCCCUGACUUAGAUCAGCCAAGAGGUUGUUUUAGGGUUUCAUCUGUGAG